CAUUACCACGAAAAGAUGAAGUUCAUCGCAGCUGGAUUAGCUCUUCUGGUCUGCUCCAUCCAGCUGGGUGAAGGAGCACUUGGCAAACUGCUGGACUCCAGUUGUGCCACGACGAGGGCAGGAAUUACCCCAUUAAUCAUUGGAGGAGCAAGCGCAGCCCCAUUCUCAAAUCCAUGGAUGGUAAAGGUGAUAGGCACGAAACUAUGUGGUGGCUCUCUAAUCACCAGUCGCUUCGUUCUCACGGCCGCCCAUUGCAUCGUGCCGACACACAUGUAAGUGCGCAGCACUGCCUUUCGGCGAACACUUACGAAUUCCCAUUUCCACAGGAGAGUGCACUUGGGCGAUUACUACACCCUCGUUCCUGGCACGAUUUUCUCGUCGUCAGGCUGCGUGCCCACGGCCUAUGAACUCGCUGUGGAUACGAAGAUUGUGCAUGCGGAUUUUAACGCAGACUUGGACAACGACAUCGGCCUGCUGCGCAUGGAGAGCUUCGUCCAGUACUCAGACUACGUCCAGCCGAUCUGUAUCCUGGUCGAGGGACACAUGACCGGAAGUUCCCACUUCAACAUCACCGGCUGGGGUAAGACCGACGAUGCCAAUUCCAGCCUGACGCUCCAGCAGGCCACUGUGUUCAAAACCGAACUCUACUAUUGUCAAAAAAAAUACCCCUCGAAGAAGGUGGAUGAGUCGCAGAUUUGUGCUGCUAGCACAAACAGCGAUGUAUGCAGCGGCGACUCGGGAGGCCCGCUGAGCGCACAGGUUUCUUUUGUCGACCGCUUGCUGACCUUCCAGUACGGAGUGGUCAGCUACGGGUCCAAGGAAUGCAACUCCUUCUCCGUUUACACCAACGUUACGCACCACAGGGACUGGAUAGUGGACGCCAUCAAACACUUUAGCGGAUCCUUGAAUCUAGGGUACGGGAGCUACCCGUUUAUCAAGCCAAUUUUGACGCUUAUCUCGAGUGGUUUAAUGCCUCCCCUGACUUAUGUCGUAGGCACCAGUCGGGUGAAUAAUAUCUGCAUAAGUAUGUAUGUACAUAAGCGAAGCUUAUCUUCAGCCAAUUUAACGCUAUACGCAAAGAAGCCUCGCUUUCACCGAGGUGUGGGCAGAAUUCUGGGGAAGAACGCACAUUCACAUUCACUUAUAUGGAGGCAGAUCAAGAAACACGAUUUGUUUGUUGUAAUAAAUAACAUCUUCAUUCGGCGCGCUAUAAAAGGGCGCUCGUGCGGGCAUUGGCUCAUACUUCGCUUUGACAUGAACGUCUUCUUGGUGGCAGCGUGUCUUCUUCUCGGUCUCCUCCUCGGAGGAGGAUCGGCCUACCUGCUGGAGGAGAACUGUGGAGCCGGGGCGAGCAUGACCAGAGUGCGGCGGGUAGUGGGAGGCCACGAUGCCAAGAGUCUGGCGCAUCCGUGGAUGAUUAUGGUGCACACGGAUUCCCGCUUUGCCUGCGGCGGCUCGCUCAUCACCUCCCGUUUUGUGCUGACGGCAUCCAGCUGCUCCACGCUGCCCAUCAAGAAAGUUCUGCUCGGCGGACAUGACCGGGAUUCGCCAGCAACAUUCCUGGAGGUCAGCAUCGAUCGAAAAAUCUCGCACCCACAGUUCGAUCCGCUUAAUCCCUUCAAGCACGACAUAGCCCUGCUGCGCAUGGCGCACGAAGUAAUCUUCUCAGACCGCAUCAGGCCCAUCUGUCUGUCCAUCAACCAGCCUUUGGAGAAGGUUCAGUUUUACACCCUCACUGGCUGGGGUCGCACCGCAGACGGUAAGCCCAGCCGCAUUCUCCAGGAGACCACCUUGUCUGCGCUCGAGCAUGCGCGUUGCAAGAGCAAGUUCGACGUCCAAGUCGAUCAGUCCCAAUUCUGCACCACUGGCGUGGACGGCGAGGCCUGCUCUGGGGAUUCCGGAGGCCCGCUGAGCGCGGAGCUGCUCUUCGGGUUCAAGAAGCGGGCUUUCCUGCUCGGACUUGUCAGCUACGGGGAUGCAUCCUGCAGGAGCUUUGGCGUGGCCACGAAUGUGACGCACUACGUCGACUGGAUCAAGGCAACAAUCGACGAGAACUCAAGUUAAAGCUUUUAUAGGCCAAGUCAAUUGAGAAUUUCAAUUUGUUGCUACUUAAGAAAUCUGCAAUUGAAAUAUUAAUUUACCAUGGUUAAAGAAACAACAGAA